AUGUUGUAUGUAGUUGGUAGUGAAGACGCGGUGAAACCAAGUGAUCAUGAUGUCGAUACCACCACUGACUCAGUUGACAACCACAGCCCACCUGCAAUGCAUGAACCCAAACUGGAUCACGUUAUAAAUGUGGCAACUCGAUUACAGCCCCUGGAACAGGCACAUGAGAUGUUGAAGGUCACCCGCAUCCUGUCUGAUUGUCCACUAARCAAGCUUAACUGUAAGGGAGAAGAAUUCCCAAAAUCAAACUAUUCUUUUGAAGGGCCUUGCAGUUUUACAUACGGAUUCUGUGGUCUUACUCAAGAUAAUACCACAAGCAUGGUUUGGAAAAUCGGACAGGGAGAAACACCAACAGAGGGAACAGGACCARGCUACGAUCACACGAGUUAUAGCGAAAAAGGCAGGUACAUAUUCUUAGAGACAUCUAGCGGAAAAGCUGGAGACAGUGCGCGACUAUCCAGCGAAUGGAUGAAUCCUGUGACACCAUCUUCAUGCUUACAAUUUUGGUAUCACAUGUACGGGUAUAAUAUCGGAGCUUUAAAAAUCAUAAUGAAAACGUUGCAGACCGAACAAGUGUUAUGGUCAGAAGAUGGACAGCGGAGGAACCAAUGGCAUUUAGGUCAAGUCGAACUGACGUCGAUUUCGAAGAAACCAAAUGCAACCUUUCCCGUUUUAGUGAAUACUAAACCAUUUAAGUUUAUAAUCGAGGGAGUCAAAGGCGAUGGACCUAAAGGAGAUAUAGCUGUAGAUGAUAUAUCUUUGCUGAAGGGAAAAUGUACUCUACCAUACACUGAAUAUCCUAAUACGUCUGUUUUCGAAGCUACUUCUCCUUGUGGAAUGUUUUAUGGAAAAUACCAUGAUGAUUUACCAGAAAACUCGACAUUUGCUUGCUUGCGGUUUUGGUGCAUCGUACAAGACCUCGUGUAUUGUCGUCGGCCUAAAAAAUAUAGAGUAAAUUUUGACAUAUUUAAAGUUACAAAGAGCAAAGAUUAUCGUAAGUAG